UCAUCACCAACAAAAAUAUCUCACCCUCAUAUUUCACUAAAAAAACUCCUUUCAGUCAACCUUUUGCAUUGUCAAUUAAAAUGGCUUCCACAACACCCAUCACACCAAAAACCGUCACAAAAGAGAUAGUAACCGAUAUGGGAACAUUCAUCCGUAUCUUUAGUGACGGUUCAGUGGAAAGACCAUUACAAUCACUAUUUGCACCCCCAUCUCUGAAUGACCCAAAAACAGGGCUUUCAUCCAAAGACAUAGUAAUCUCACACAACCCCACAAUUUCAUCUCGAGUUUACCUUCCAAAAAUCACAAACCCAUCUUCCAAAUUUCCAAUCUUGGUCUAUUUUCAUGGUGGUGCUUUUGUCUUCGAAUCAGCUUUCUCCCAAAUUUACCAUGAACACAUCAAAGCCUUUGCAACAGAAGCAAAUAUUAUAGUUGUUUCUGUUGAGUAUAGUCUUGCUCCUGAACACCCUCUCCCAACAUGUUACCAUGAAUGUUGGGCUGCACUCAAAUGGGUUUCUUCUCAUUCCAACAAUACCCUCAACAAUGCAGAGCCAUGGUUGAUUCAACAUGGUGAUUUUAAUAGGGUUUUCAUUGGAGGUGAUAGUGCUGGUGGUAACAUUACUCAUAACAUUGCAAUUCAAGCUGGGAUUGAAUCUUUACCUUGUGAUGUUAAAAUAUUAGGAGCUAUUUUAAUUCACCCUUAUUUUCAUAGUUCUUACCCAAUUGGGUCAGAACCUAUUAUAGAGCCUGAAAAUAGUAUUUGUCAUAAGGUUUGGCAUUUGGUGUAUCCAAAUGCACCUAGUGGAAUUGAUAACCCUUUGGUUAAUCCUUUGGGUGAAGGUGCAACUAGCUUGGAAAAACUUGGGUGUUCUAAAAUUAUUGUGUGUGUUGCUGGAAAAGAUAUGUUAAGGGACAGAGGGAUUUGGUAUUUUGAAAGUGUGGAGAAAAGUGGGUGGAAAGGGAAAUUGGAGUUGUUUGAAGAGAAAGAUGAGGAUCAUGUUUAUCAUUUGUUAAAACCAGAAUCUGAGAUAGCCAAAAAAUUUAUCAAACGAUUGGUUUCUUUUGUCCAGGAGUGAACUUUGCUUCAUUUGGUACCUUGUAGUUUUUCUUAUCAAUAAAAUAACAGGCAAAAGUACAAUAAAAAAGAACCUUUUAAAGGUGUAUGUAUGUUUUUAUGGAAAUAAUGAAGAUAUAUUUUUCUGAAA